AUGAAGACCCUCGCAAAAGUUCAGUCUACGAAAGAUGACAUAGAAUAUUAUUUUGGCUUCAAUUUAAAAUUGCUAUCGCAGAUAGGUUUGAAGUUUAGUAUGAAUGAAAAGACUGAUAAAUUUACCUUUUUGCAAAAGUUACCAUCGUAUAUAUUUCUUGUGGAAGGAAUGAUCUUAUUUAUACUGGAAGUCUAUUUAAUACGAGAUACGAUACAAAGUGACACUUUACUAUCCAUACAGAUCAUGAGCCAAAUAAUAUCUAAUUUACAGUCAGUUAGCAAGGGAUUCCUAGUUCUGAAUAAAGCAAAGAGCAUAAAAAAUGUACUAGAAACUUUAGGGAUCAUUUGGAGAAAAUAUCCUCUAAACAACAGUGAUCGAGCCUUAUUAAAUGCGCCGUCUAAAAUAAUCUCUUUAUCCAAAAUAUAUUGGGGCAUAGCAGUGGCCCUUUUAGUUAUUUAUGAUCUGCCGCCUUUUGUAAUUUUUUUCAUGCAGUAUCAAAAUCGGGAUGCAAUGAACCAUACGUAUGAUUUAUCUCAAACGAUUUUACUUUUAAAAUAUCCUUUUAAUAUAACUAGGAAAUCUACUUUUUUCUUUUUAAUUUCCCAAGAAGCAUUCGUGCUUUAUGCAUCUGGUGUGUACUGGAUAGGUAGCGAUGCUUUGUUCGCUCAAUUUACAACUCACAUUUGCUUGCAAUUUAAGAUACUAAAAUGUAAUACGAAAGAAGUUUUCAACCGUGGGAGUAAAGAAGCACAUUCGAGUUUAAUCGAUUUAAUAAAAAGACAUCGAGAACUGUUAAAGAUUUGCGAAAUGACCGAAGAAAUUUACAGUCCGAUCAUCUUCUCAACCAUGUUAUUCUCCGCGAUAAAUAUGUGUGUUAACGUUGUCGGAGUUAGAGAGACAAUUACUCGAGGAUUUUAUCAAGAGACUGGCGUUUAUCUUUUUUUGUUUCUUGUUACGUUUGCGCAAAUAUUACUUUUUUGUAUUUUUGCGGAAAGAAUAACAGAAGAGACAAAAUCAUUGGCUGACCUAGCGUAUAAUUUAGAAUGGACUAAAGAAGAUCACAAGCUUCGAGUUUAUAUUCUCUUCAUCAUCUUGAGAGCCCAAAAACCAUUUUCUUGUACGGCAUAUGGAUUUUUUCCUAUUGGCCACAAGAAACUGUCAUCGAUUAUAAAUGCAUCUUUUUCGUAUUACAUGAUGUUGCAGACUAUGAGUUGA